CCCGACAAGACAUCAAAAAUCCUCUCCCUAAGCUCAGUAUAAUAAUAAACAAAUCUUCAGUUCCCUGGAGGAAAAAUAAAUGGAAAAUAUAUCGGAGUCCUGGCGAAUUUUAUUCCAUCCAAUUUUCACCAAUGUUUCGAUAACUUGCAGUGUUUUUUGAGGACUCUGGAGUGACAGAGUUGAAGGAAUUCAGGGCUCAUAAAGUUUAUUUUGAGUGAAGAAAGAAAAAAGGAACAACUUUUGUGUCAGUGUGACAGACGUUUCAGUUGAGGUGCGUGGGAGUGAACGAUUACUUGUUUUUUAAAUAAAUAUUUUCAAAAAUGGGGAGCACUGAUAAAGCAGUCAUUACUGGAUUCAUAUGCAGACUUUGUAGUAAAAUGAAUCGUUUUGUUAUACAUAUUUAUGGUGAGGAGGGCGAGAGGAUGAAACUCGCUGAGAAAAUUAAUGCCUAUCUUCCAAUUGAGAUUAAGAUGAACGAUCCUCUCCCCAAAACCGCCUGUCUCCACUGCAUUGAACGACUGGAGGCCCAUCACGAGCUGAUGGAAAAAAUUUUAUUUGCAAGAAAACGAUUUGGAAUGGAAUCAGAAAUGAAAGAAGUUCCAGAACAAACGACAACGAACACCGUCACCGUAGAUACAGCGCCAGCUUCAAAUUCUCCUCCAUGUUGACAUAUUGUUCUAAUUAAUUAAUGAAAAAUAAUCGAUAAUAAUAUUCGCUCAAUCGAGUCUCAUAAGUCCUUGUAUUUUCAAAUUUUGUGUAAUAAUUUAAGGUGUUGAAUCAUCGAGAACAUAUAAUGAUCAUUUUUACAGAAUUUAUUGAUGUCGUUGACGAAAAAAUGUCCAAAAAACACAUACACUUUAUUUUCUGAUUUAUUUUUCACGUUAUUUUGCGUCUUGCCAAACAGAAUAUUAUUCUCUGCUAUAGAUCAAAUUGUAUAUUUAUCAAUUCAUGAUUUUUCUUUGCUUUAUUGGCCUCGAUUUUCAUGAGAUUAUCAAGAUUUACUUUAUUUUUGAUUGUACUUUUUAAAUAAAUUUUGUAAAAAUUUUAUCACAUGCCAUUGUGUGUAGAUCAAGUAAACGAGUGAAAUCAAACUGCAAUCUUUUAUUAAAAUUUAGAACGGAAAUUGUUAUGAUUGUGUACUUAAUAAUUUCAGAGGCCCAGGGAAACUUGUGUAGAAACCAUUAAAUUAUCCAAAUCCCCUCGUUCUAUUGCAAAAACAUCCCAAACUAGUGCAUCAACUCUGAAAUCGUCGAAAACUAAUCAGUGUCCAUUAGCUAAGAUUUUUUUUUCUUUCAGGAAGUGUAAACAUCGCUGUACGAUUAUUAUAUUUGUACAAUUACUGUAUUAUAUAAUGUAUUUUUAUGUAAGAAGGGAGUAUUCGAGAAAAAAACCUUUUUAAAAUACUCAUAACCCCCUAAGUAAGUAUGUAAUAAAAUAAAAUUGCUGUAUAAAAAUCUC